AUGUCAGAUGGGGAGGCUCCAGCCAAACCGCUGCCUGCACUAGAGGCGCAGAUGGCAAAACUCGAGGAAGAGCUUGAAGCUGAAAGACAGCGUUCGGUCCAAAAGGACCGGAAGAUCGAGAUGAUGGAGGCUGUCGUCACAAGGCUGCAAAGCCGCGUCGAGCUGUUGCAGGAUCAUUUGAAGGAGCAGGAGCGGAAGAACCGCGUCGCCAAGGGAAACAGCGAGGCCGUUCUGGAGCUGCAGCAGCAGCUGGCAGAGGAACUGUCGAAGCGGAAGCAAGCGCAGUAUGAGCUCAUCGCGAAGGCAAAGGAACUUUGCGACGUUCAGCAGAAGAUGGCAGGCGCUGGAGACACAAAGGAUUCCUCCCACGAGGCCAAGAAGGAGCUUCGGGGGGGACUCUCGGCAGGUGCAGGCGGCGCAGUGUCGUGGUCGCCUGCGAGCUCACAACCCAAGCUGGCGGACGCAGACUCGCGGCGAUCGCCCGCAAGCCGUGGCGCCAGCCUUGCAAGCCCCGUGGCUGCAUCGCCAGUGUCCGCCGCGCCAUCUUUGAUGCUGCCACUCUCUGGGCUCUCGGCGAAAUCGUCGUUCCACCAAUGCCCUACCAGCACUACACCACAGACGCCGCCUACGUCGCGGAGCUCCGGAAGGACUUCGCCAGCCCUCCGGCUUCCUGGAGGUGAGGCGAUGGCCGAUCGAGUGCAGAAUCAGAGGAGAAGUCCUGUGGUUCCUCCUGUCCGGAUGAGCAAUGAGUCUGUGUUGGUCCGACCUCCGGCAGAUGAAGAGGGGGCGCACAUCUUCAACCCCGCAAGGUAUGUGCGGUCAGCUUACGACAGGCUGGAACCUCCGAAACCGGUACAUCCUCAACACCCUCAAGAUGCUGCAUUCGGGGUUCAUGCUCCUCAGUCAGGCCACGUCACUCCGGUGUCGCCGAUGCUCCAGAACAUGCACCUGGACUACCCGCGGAUUCUUACGGCGCGCUCGCAUGAAGUCAGGAUGUCGGCCGCGGCUGCAAAGUCGGCCCGGGUGAUUUCGCCCCCACUCUCUGCGCGCGUCAAUGGCCCCAUGGGCCCCAUGGGGCCGUUGGUGCUCCCUGCGAGUGAAGGCCAGUGUGCGUCGAAUGGCAGCCUUUGUUGCACUUCGGCUGGCCUUGUGAGGUGCAACUUCGUUUUUGGCAAGUCGCCCGAGCGAGAUCGAGCUCAAAGGAGCUCCCAGAAGGCUUUCGCCGCCACUGCCGGGGCAGCCAGUGCCGCCGGUGCCGCCGCCGGUGCCGCCGCAAGCAACGUGACUCCCUUUUUGGCUGGCAGGGCUGCCAGGGCUGGGAUCGCCUCAGCAGGCGCCUUGGCCUUCUCCGUGCUGAGAAGAGACCGCGACUGGCGCCGUUCCCUCGCCUCCUCGAGCUCUGCCCGCAAGACCGGCGGAGAUGCAAACGAAGGCCUCGAGGGCGACGGUCUCGAUUUGCGAUUCCAGAAGACCCGCCUCGUCACCUUUGCGGGCAUGGUAUUAGGCUANNCUCGCUUGUCUUUCACAUAUGUGGGUCUUGCAAUGCGGAAGGACCUUGGCCUUAGCAUGGUGCAGUUGGGCACGAUCAGCUCUUUGUUCCCACUGGCAUAUAUGAACUCCAAGUUUCUGUCCGGGGUUCUGUCUGACUUGCUGGGAUCUCCGGUGCUGAUUUUUUCCCUCGGGCUUAUGCUCACUGGAGUUCUUAACAUGGCUUUUGCCGCCGUCAGCACGGUUCCCCUCUUCACUGCGAUCUGGGUCCUGAAUGGCCUUUUCCAGGGCUGUGGAGCGACCCCGUGCAAUAAGAUGCUGGUGAACUGGUUUCCAGCCAGAAGUCGCGGGAAGUGGUGGAGUAGUUGGAAUGCGUCUCACAACAUCGGUGGCUUCUUGAUUCCACUCCUGGCAGGUUUGGCUGCGAGGUUUGGGUGGCGCUACGGGAUGCUUGGCCCGGGAGCCAUCGCCGUCUUCGCCGGACUCCUCGCCCUUCUUACGAUGAAGGCGCUAGGACUCCCGUGCAUCGCACCACGUGACUUCUCUGCCAGUACGCAACAGGCUUCAGCUCGCCAUGUGCCGGAAGGCAUCACACAGACGCUGACACAGCGGUCUCUCUCGACGGGCAUUUACUUUCCACUCGAGGAGCUGUGCGUUCGUGCCACGGGUUCUCAGGCGUUGGGCGGACAGGCGGGAGGAGUGCUGUGCGGCGUCCUCCUGAAUCCUUUGAGCUAUGUGAAGUAUCAGAUGUGGAAGGAGGACGAUGUGCGACGAUCCUUCAAUCAGACUGCAAUGCGCAUGCUGCGCAAGGUUGGCCCCAUGGUUUUCCUGCGAGGCAUCAUUUCGACGGCAUUUCGCGACGGAACCUUCGGGCUGUGCUUCUCUUUGCGAAAGUUCUUCCAGGGAAGCGGCCCAGAGCCGACUUCACCUGCGCAUGACUUCUGUGUUGCUGUUCUCUUCGCAGCUGCCGGCACCACGCUGAGCGCCCCCUUCAACUACGUCAGGAAUAUGGCGUAUGCAGAGAGCCUCAAGGCUUGUGGCACAAGGGUUCACUACCACAUUUGCUGUGAAAGCAGCAAGGCGAUUUUGGCGGAGGCACAUGGGCACUCUGUGGCACGGCGCCGUGCAACAGGAUGGCUGCGUUGGUUGUUUGUCGUGUUUUACGUGCAAAUCGCGCCGAGAAAGCAGCAGCACCCAUCCCUCGACGAGUCGUAUGCUCAGCGGGAUGAGCAUUUCUUGAUGCUGGCAAAGGACUGGGCUGCCCCAAGAUUCGAGUCUGCGGACGAGGCGCCCAGUUCAAGCGCUGAGCCUGCAGUGGUGGAGGACUCCAGCGAGAAGGUCUGGGCUUCGCUUCUUCAAAACAGAUUUCUGUGGUGCAUGGCAGCCAUGCACUUCUUCAUCUACUUCAUCCGGCAAGGUGUGCUUAAUUGGGCGCAUUUCUACAUCAUGGAUGAGUUUGGUGUUCCAGCCCUGGAGGCAACGGCGCGAGUCAGCGGCUUCGAACUCGGAGGCCUGCUCGGCUGCAUCGUCUCCGGCCAGGUCUCCGAUUGGCUGAUCAGCCGCUACCCGAAGCGAGGAGCCGCGGGCUUGCGAGCCCAGGUGAUGAUUGCAUACUCCCUUCUCGCAGCCGCUGCGGUCUUUUGUCUGUGGGUGGUACCGCCUCUUGCAGUCCUCCAAUGGCUUGCGAUGGCUGCCUUCGGCUUCGCCAUCUAUGGGCCGCAGACCCUGAUCACCAUGACUGGAGUAGAGACGGUGCCGCGCAAGGCUGCUGCAACGGCUGGAGGUCUGUUGGCCUAUCCGGCGCAGCUGGGCUCAAUGUGUGCAGGACUGCCCUUUGCGCUGUUGGUCCAGGAAUACGGAUGGGGUGGCUUCUUUCCGAGUCUCAUCAUCCUCAGCAUGGUGUCCGCGGUGGUGAUCAUCCCCGGCUGGAACACGCCCUCGUACCGCCAGGCACAUCUCGCAGCUUGA